AUGAAAAUAGAUGUCAGUUCCAUUACUUUGCCCCUUUCUAUUAUGUUACGCUCAUCUACCUCAGGUCGAGCCGGUGAACUUCAGGGAUAUCGUUGGCAAAGGGGGAAGUUAUUUUCACCCGAACUGACUGAAUUCAUGACUUCAUCUAGGUCAAUUGAGAAAGUUCAGCAGGUUAGAAAGAAUAUGUUCCAUGGUGGUUUUCUUCAACUAGUGCUCCUUCUCUUGCGCGUUGUGCUCUGCUUGAAAAAGCUUAACAAGGGCUUGACGGGGGAACUCAAGACCUUCCUAAAAUGGUGCCUAGAUGUUCGAUUGAUUUGUAGGAAGCGCGAGACUAGGAUGGAG